AUGUCACAAGGUGAAGAAUAUUAUGCUGAUGAAGAUCCUUAUGGUUUUGAAGAUGAGAAUGCUCCAAUCUCAGCAGAAGAUUCAUGGACUGUUAUUUCUUCUUUUUUCCGUGAAAAAGGUCUAGUAUCACAACAAUUAGACUCAUUCAACCAAUUUGUUGAUUAUACUCUACAAGAUAUUAUCUCAGAAGAUUCUACUUUAAUUUUGGAACAAUUGGCUCAACAUACUACUGAAUCAGAUAACAUAAGUAGAAAAUAUGAAAUUAGUUUUGGUAAAAUUUAUGUCACGAAACCAAUGGUAAAUGAAUCUGAUGGUGUUACCCAUGCAUUAUAUCCCCAAGAAGCUCGUUUACGUAAUUUAACUUAUUCUUCUGGUUUAUUCGUCGAUGUUAAUAAGAGAACUUAUGAAGCCACUGAUGUCCCAGGUAGAGAAUUAAAAUAUAAUUUAAUUGCCGAAGAAAGUGAAGAAGACAGUGAAAAUGAUAAAGUUUUCAUUGGUCGUUUACCUGUUAUGUUAAGAUCAAAGAAUUGUUACUUGAGUGACGCUACAGAAUCUGAUUUAUAUAAAUUAAAAGAAUGUCCAUUCGAUAUGGGUGGUUAUUUCAUUAUUAAUGGUUCAGAAAAAGUUUUAAUUGCACAAGAACGUUCUGCUGGUAAUAUAGUUCAAGUCUUCAAAAAAGCUGCUCCUUCCCCAAUUUCUCACGUAGCUGAAAUUAGAUCUGCUUUAGAAAAAGGUUCUAGAUUUAUUAGUACACUACAAGUUAAAUUAUAUGGUAGAGAGAGUAGUUCAACUAGAACUAUAAAAGCAACCUUACCUUACAUUAAACAAGAUAUUCCAAUUGUCAUCAUUUUUAGAGCUUUAGGUAUCAUUCCAGAUGGUGAAAUCUUAGAACAUAUUUGCUAUGAUGUUAAUGAUUGGCAAAUGUUAGAAAUGUUAAAACCUUGUGUGGAAGAUGGUUUCGUUAUCCAAGAUCGUGAAACGGCUUUAGAUUUUAUUGGUCGUCGUGGUACCGCUUUAGGUAUUAAGAAGGAAAAGAGAAUUCAAUAUGCAAGAGAUAUUUUACAAAAAGAAUUUUUACCACAUAUUACACAAUUAGAAGGUUUUGAAAGUAGAAAAGCUUUCUUCUUAGGUUAUAUGAUUAAUAGAUUAUUAUUAUGUGCAUUAGAUCGUAAAGAUCAAGAUGAUCGUGAUCAUUUCGGUAAGAAAAGAUUAGAUUUAGCAGGUCCAUUAUUAGGUCAAUUAUUCAAAACCUUGUUUAGAAAAUUAACCAAGGACAUUUUCCGUUAUAUGCAAAGAACAGUAGAAGAAGCUAAUGAUUUCAACAUGAAAUUAGCCAUUAAUGCUAAGACAAUCACUUCUGGUUUGAAGUAUGCUUUAGCUACAGGUAAUUGGGGUGAACAAAAGAAAGCAAUGACUUCAAGAGCUGGUGUGUCCCAAGUUUUAAACCGUUAUACUUAUUCAUCAACGUUAUCACAUUUAAGAAGAACCAACACUCCUAUAGGUAGAGAUGGUAAAUUAGCAAAACCCCGUCAAUUACAUAAUACACAUUGGGGUCUUGUUUGUCCUGCAGAAACUCCAGAAGGUCAAGCUUGUGGUUUGGUCAAAAAUUUAUCACUUAUGUCCUGUAUUUCUGUUGGUACUGAUCCAAUGCCUAUUAUUACUUUCUUAAGUGAAUGGGGUAUGGAACCGUUAGAAGAUUAUGUUCCACAUCAAUCUCCUGAUGCUACUAGAGUUUUUGUUAAUGGUGUUUGGCAUGGUGUUCAUAGAAAUCCAGCUAGAUUAAUGGAGACUUUAAGAACAUUAAGAAGAAAAGGUGAUAUUAAUCCAGAAGUUUCGAUGAUUAGAGAUAUUCGUGAACAAGAAUUAAAAAUUUUCACAGACGCAGGUAGGGUUUAUAGACCUCUAUUUAUAGUUGAUGAUGAUGAUGAUUUAGGUCAUAAAGAAUUAAGAGUUAGAAAGGGACACGUUGCUAGAUUAAUGGCAACCGAAUAUCAAGAUAUUGAAGGUGGUUUUGAAGAUGUUGAAGAAUAUACCUGGACUUCUUUGUUAAACGAAGGUUUAGUUGAAUAUAUUGAUGCCGAGGAAGAAGAAUCUAUUUUAAUUGCUAUGCAACCUGAAGAUCUAGAUCCUGUCAGCGAUGAACCUGAAGCCAUACCUGAUGUAGAAACUGACACAGCUAAACGUAUCAGAGCUGUACAUCACGCCACCACUUUCACACAUUGUGAAAUUCACCCAUCUAUGAUUUUAGGUGUUGCUGCUUCCAUUAUUCCUUUCCCUGAUCAUAACCAAUCUCCUCGUAACACUUAUCAAUCUGCGAUGGGUAAGCAAGCUAUGGGUGUUUUCUUAACGAAUUACAAUGUUCGUAUGGAUACAAUGGCAAACAUUUUAUACUACCCACAAAAACCAUUAGGUACAACUCGUGCUAUGGAAUAUCUAAAGUUCAGAGAAUUACCGGCUGGUCAAAAUGCUAUUGUGGCUAUUGCAUGUUACUCUGGUUACAAUCAAGAAGAUUCUAUGAUUAUGAACCAGUCUUCAAUUGAUCGUGGUUUGUUUAGAUCAUUAUUUUUUAGAUCGUACAUGGAUCAAGAAAAGAAAUACGGUAUGUCUAUCACCGAAACUUUUGAAAAACCACAACGUACCAAUACUUUGAGAAUGAAGCAUGGUUCAUAUGAUAAACUAGAUGACGAUGGUCUAAUCUCUCCUGGUGUCAGAGUUUCUGGUGAAGAUAUCAUUAUUGGUAAGACUACUCCAAUCUCCCCUGAUGAAGAAGAAUUAGGUCAAAGAACAGCAUAUCAUUCGAAGCGUGAUGCUUCUACACCAUUGAGAAGCACCGAAAAUGGUAUUGUUGAUCAAGUAUUAGUUACCACCAAUCAAGAUGGUCUAAAAUUUGUUAAAGUUCGUGUUAGAACCACUAAAGUUCCACAAAUCGGUGACAAAUUUGCUUCUCGUCACGGUCAAAAAGGUACGAUUGGUAUCACAUACGGUAGAGAAGAUAUGCCUUUUACCGCUGAAGGUAUCGUUCCGGAUUUGAUCAUCAAUCCUCAUGCUAUUCCAUCUCGUAUGACUGUCGCGCAUUUAAUUGAAUGUUUAUUAAGUAAGGUUGCAGCUUUAUCUGGUAAUGAAGGUGACGCCUCUCCAUUUACAGACAUUACUGUGGAAGGUAUUUCUAAAUUAUUACGUGAACAUGGUUACCAGUCUCGUGGUUUCGAAGUUAUGUAUAAUGGUCAUACCGGUAAAAAGCUAAUGGCACAAAUUUUCUUUGGUCCAACUUAUUAUCAACGUUUAAGACAUAUGGUAGACGACAAGAUUCACGCCAGAGCUCGUGGUCCAAUGCAAGUGUUAACUAGACAACCAGUAGAAGGUAGGUCCAGAGAUGGUGGUUUAAGAUUCGGUGAAAUGGAAAGAGACUGUAUGAUUGCACACGGUGCAGCAGCUUUCUUAAAGGAAAGAUUAAUGGAAGCUUCUGAUGCGUUUAGAGUUCAUGUGUGUGGUAUUUGUGGGUUGAUGACAGUCAUUGCUAAAUUAAAUCAUAACCAAUUCGAAUGUAAAGGUUGUGAUAACAAAAUUGAUAUUUAUCAAAUCCGUAUUCCAUAUGCUGCUAAAUUAUUAUUCCAAGAACUGAUGGCAAUGAAUAUCACACCACGUCUAUACACCGACCGUUCAAAGAACUUUUAA